GCGGCGUGUUUAUGAAUCUCGUGCAGGACGUUCAGAACGCGCGUGCAUGUGAGACAACUGUGUGGAGAUGUUGUAUUUCUCUUCAUAAGAGCUCGUCAGAUCCGAUCAACAGAGCCCAGUGUGUGUGUUUGCUGUCAGGCUGAAGCCGUGUCAGAUUGUUCUGAUGGCCGUCGUGAUCUUCUCUUUGCUGUUGUUCCUCACUCAAUCUCCUCCCAUCGCUCCACGACCUACCUCUGCCCCGCCCACAAACGCCACACGCCAGCUGCCCGACAUCAUCAUCAUCGGCGUGAGGAAGGGCGGAACUCGCGCUCUGAUUGAGAUGUUAAAGCUCCACAGCGCUAUCGUCACCGCUCGGAACGAGGUUCACUUCUUCGACUGGGACAGUCACUACUGGCGCGGUCUGGACUGGUACCGUUCACAGAUGCCCUACGCACGACCGGGCCAACUGACAGUGGAGAAAACGCCCGCGUACUUCACCUCCAGCAGGGUCCCGGAGCGCAUUCUGCAGAUGAAGCCGGACGUCAAACUGCUGCUGAUCGUACGAGAGCCGACAGAGCGUGUGCUGUCGGAUUACACGCAGGUCUUCCACAACCGUCUGGAGAAACACAAACAACAACAACCGCUGGAGACGCUGCUGCUGCGCGACGGACAGCUGAACCUGAACUAUAAAGCCCUGAACCGCAGUCUGUACCACAUCCACCUGCAGCGCUGGCUCAGCGUGUUUCCUAUAGACCGUUUACACCUGGUGGAUGGAGACGCGCUCAUCAGAGAUCCUCUGCCGGAGAUGAAGAAAGUGGAGGAGUUCCUUCAGUUAGAACCGCAGAUCAACGCCUCCAACUUUUACUUCAACAAAACCAAAGGUUUCUACUGUCUGCGGGAUCACGGUCGAGAGAGAUGUUUGCACAGCUCGAAAGGUCGAGAACAUCCUCAAGUGGCACCUGAAAUCCUCCAGAAACUCUACGAAUACUUUCACAAACCGAACAGGAAGUUCUUCGAGCUGGUCGGAAGGACAUUUGACUGGAAUUAGGAGAUGUUUUGAGCACAUUACAAAGUCAAACAAGCUGAAGUUGAUCAGAAUACACGUAUAUACAGAGCUAAACAAAUCUACUCUGAAAAUAACUGGAAAAUAGUUUUGAAUGAACUUGUCAGAAUGAAAGUGUUCACAACCUAUUUUUCUUCCUAUUGUGUCACACAUUUCUGAGUGAAAAUGUAUGAUGGAACCUGAUUGUCUUCAUGAGGAAAUGAUGACGUCAGCCAUUAAAAAGAUUUUGCACUGAUGAAUCGUUCACAAUAAGAACAUGUGUUAAAGUAAAAAGAGCCUAUUUUGUUUUCAUGUUGAUGAGUUUUGACAUGUAGUCAGAUAUAUAUACAUAUGCAUGUGAAAUAAUCUAUUUUUAUACCUUUAAUACAUGCUUAAAAGCUAGUCACAGUCUUUUUUAUAACUGCUGCUAAGUUAUUGAAUGUGUGUGUGUCUUUAAAUCACUCAGAUAUUGUUUUUAAAAUGAAGUAAAUGUGUAUUAAUAAAGAUA